AUGAAAUUAGCUCUUAUUUUGGUCGCUGUUGUCUUGGUAGUGAAUGUAGAAGGCUGGAGAUUGACGCGCCGAACAUCACGCUUCACUAUACCACGCUUCCCUAUACCACGCUUCCCUACACCAUGCUACCCUAUAUCACGCUUCCCUAAACCACGUAAACCAUCCAUACCACGUAUGCCUUGGGGUAAGAGAAAUGUGCGAGAAGCCGAAGGUGAUGCUGGUUUCAAAGCCGCAGCUGAAGACGGUGUUUUGUCUAACGAUGAAAUAAAAUCUGUAUUCGGAGUUAAAGAUGAAGAUUUGGCUGAUUUUUAUGAUCUUUAUGAUGUUAACGGCGAUGGAAAAAUAACAGUUGAAGAAUAUCAAUCUGUCACCACUAUCCUUGCCAACGCGGGAGACAAAGAGAACUAA